CGGGGCCUUUCACAGCUUCUGAGAUCCCCAAGGGGUAAUGGUGGACCUCCCUCAGCGGGCACCCCGACUUCCUGGCCCUCAUAGUGUCUGACCAGGCCAAGCUUCCUGGUCUCCUUCAUCCCCUGCUCGUCAGGUCAGCUACCAGCACCAAGCCCUCCGCCAGCUGCAGCCAUGAGCAAGUGGAGGAAGGACCACCUCAGCACCAGCAGCCCGGAGCCCCUGGAGGUCGUCAUUAUCGGUAACGGGCCUUCGGGCAUCUGCCUGUCCUACCUGCUGUCUGGCUACACCCCUUACAUGAAGCCGGAUGCCAUCCACCCACAUCCCCUGCUGCAGAGGAAGCUCCUGGAGGCACCGGGGGUCUCCAUCCUGGACCAGGACCUGGACUACCUGUCUGAAGGCCUCGAAGGCCGGAGCCAAAGCCCUGUGGCCCUGCUCUUCGAUGCCCUCCUGCGCCCAGACACAGACUUUGGGGGAGACAUGGAGUCUGUGCUCACCUGGAAGCUCCAGAAGGAGCGAGCCAUCCCCCACGUGGUCCUGGGCCGGAACCUGCCUGGGGGAGCCUGGCACUCCAUUGAAGGCUCCAUGGUGACCCUGAGCCAAGGCCAGUGGAUGGGGCUGCCAGACCUGCAGGUCAAGGACUGGAUGCGCAAAAAGCGCAGAGGUCUUCGUAACAGCCGCGCCACGGCUGGGGACAUCGCUCACUAUUACGUGGACUAUGUGAGCAAGAAGGGCCUGGGCCACAACUUCGUGUCUGGCGCUGUGGUCACCGCUGUGGCACGGAGGAUGCCCGAGCCCGGUGUUGCUGGGGCCCGAGACCCCAGCCCCCUCUUCCAGGUGAGCGGCUUCCUGAUUGCCGAGGACCAGAGCCGGCAGCCCUUCUCCCUCUGCGCCCGCAACGUGGUCCUGGCCACAGGCACGUCGGACAGUCCGGCCCGGCUGGGCAUCCCCGGGGAGACCCUACCCUUUGUCCACUAUGAACUGUCAGCCCUGGAGCUGGCCAUCCGAGCAGGAACACUGACUCCGGCCUCGGACCCCAUCCUCAUCGUCGGCGCAGGGCUGUCAGCGGCCGACGCGGUCCUCUACGCCCGUCACUACAACAUCCCCGUGAUCCAUGCCUUCCGCCGGCCCGUGGAUGACCCCGGCCUGGUCUUCAACCAGCUGCCCAAGAUGCUGUACCCUGAGUACCACAAGGUGCACCAGAUGAUGCGGGAGCAGUCCAUUCUGUCGCCCAGCCCCUACGAGGGCUACCGCAGCCUCCCUGAGCACCAGCUGCUGUUCUUCAAGGAGGACCUCCAGGCUGUGUUCCAGGACCCCAACGGCCUCCAGAAGGUCUUUGGCAUCUCCCUGGUGCUGGUCCUCAUUGGCUCCCACCCCAACCUGUCCUUCCUCCCUGGAGCGGGCGCUGACCUCGCCGUGGACCCUGAGCAGCCGCUGAGCACCAAGAGGAACCCCAUCGACGUGGACCCCUUCACCUACCAGAGCACGCAGCAGCAGGGCCUGUAUGCUGUGGGGCCGCUGGCCGGGGACAACUUCGUGCGGUUCGUGCAGGGUGGAGCCCUGGCCGUGGCCAGCUCCCUGCUGAGAAAGGAAGCCAGGAAGCCACCCUAGCACCCUGCCUGACACCCUCACACCUAGGCCCUAAAGAGGAGAGGAGGUCACCACAGCCCUGGUGGACACACAGUGCCCAGUAAGGGAGUGGGGCCUUUCCUGGCUCACGCAGCAGUUUUCUCGGAUGAAGAGGAACAGGAGCCCGGGCUGCCUGGAUACGGGGCAGUGCCCGGGCUGGGAGUGGGAGUGGUGGCUGCAGCUCUGUGGAGACCCAGACCUGCAUUUGGGGGGUGGAGGGAAAGGUGCCAGUGUGAGCGGGGUCACUAGGGUCGGCUGGGCGCUGACCCAGGACUCCAGGCCCACUCCUUCCAGAGUCGGGUUCCAAAUAAAGCCAGCACCUGCCUUUC